CUUAUGUCAGCCUGCACAUGGCUUUAAUGAGUUUACCUCUUACUGAAGCAGGUUAGGGCUUGCACUGCUUCUUUUCAAAAGCCACAUAUAAAAGAAGACUUAUUUGAUAAGGGUCCUAAGAAACAAAGUGAUACAUGCUAGGCAUGUGCAGACAUUAACAGUAACCAGGAGCCUCCCAGGGCUGCAAGCUACCUUGACUAAUGGUUGAAUAUCAGGGGGAUAUUGAAAACAGUUGAACCUACUGAUUCUUCAUCAAUAUCUAGUCCUCAAGUUCGCUCGUACUUUGGGAAUAGCAAAGAGAACCAAAAUGUCAGUUCCCAGGAUCCUCUGAAGAAAAUCUCUGCUUAGAAAUAUCCAGCAAUAUUGAAAUCUCAUGUUGAGCAAUCAUUUACGAUAUUUUCAUGAUAGAUUAUGAAAUAAUGUGUCCUAUAAUGACUAACAAGUCAGUUAUGCUUCUAAGCCUCUUGGUUCUUCACGGUGUGUAUACAAAUGGAAAAACAACAUGUAAAUGGCAAUUGGUGAAAGAAUGGCAUACACAGCCAUCAUCAUUUGUGGUGAAUUGGACACUAUCAGAAAACAUCUGCAUGGAUGUCUAUGGAGAUUGCUGGUUUGAGAACAUAAAUACUAAAAUGAGCACUUCAGGCAAUCAAUCUCUUCCCCAGAUUUGUCCUUUGCAAAUUCAAUUUGGAGACAUUCUUGUAAUUUCAUCUGAACCAUCUCUUCAAUCUCCAGAAGUAAAUUUGAUGAAUGUUUCUGAAGCAUCAUUCAUUGACUGUCUGCAGAAUACCACAACUGAAGAACAGUUACUUUUUGGUUGCAAGCUAAAGGGAAUGCACACUGUUAAUUCUAAGUGGCUGAGUGUUGGGACGCAUUAUUUUAUCACAGUAAUGGCAAGUGGUCCAUCGCUUUGUCAACUGGGACUUCGACUAAAUGUGACAGUGAAAGAGCAGUUCUGCCAGGAAUAUCUGAGUUCUGAAUAUUGCUCUGGGCAUGGUAAAUGUCUUACUGAAAUUUGGAGCAAGACAUACAACUGCCAUUGUGAGCCUCCAUUUUCUGGAAAAUACUGCCAGGAGUUUGAUGCAUGCUCUUAUAAACCAUGUAAAAAUAAUGGCAGUUGCAUUAAUAAAAGUGAAAAAAGGAAUAAACAAGGAUAUGAAUGUAUCUGUCACCCACCAUUUACAGGCAUAAAUUGUUCAGAAAUAAUUGCCCAAUAUCAACCACAUGUCUGUUUCCAUGAGAAUUGCAGCAAUGUUACUGCAAGUAGUUUCAUUUGUGAGUGUGAUGCACCACAUUCAGGCCCUUCUAAUUAAGUUGAGAGGGACUUGAAAUUUCUGAUAGAGUACCUCAGCCAUUGAUCAUAAGAGGGGAUGGUAACUACAGGCAGGAAGAACUCCUCUUAUAUGUGGAGCCCAAGAACCAAAUGGACAAAAUUGAAACACACUCAUAGAUACAGG